CAUAAAGACGUCAGCAUUUCCGGUGUCCCUGCCUGAGCAGCUUCGUUUUCCAUGUAAUGAAAGUGUAAAGUCUUUUCAUAGCUGGGUGGAACCAUCGUUCCAGCUGAGAGCCAAAGUCUGCGUUCAGGUGUUUACUUGAACUGCACUGAGAGAACACUGUAGUUAACAGAGACGCUCGUCUGAGGACGUACACGCUUUACCUGAAACUUCAAGAUGAUGAGAAUUGCACCUGUGAAGAAAUUAAAGGCUGACGGUGGUGAAGCUCCAGACUCACCUGCACAACAAGAAAACACUGACAAGAACCUGCCUCAGAGGAAGCAGAAAGCAUGUAAUAAAGGUGAACCUGGAGCAGAAAGGAUGGCAGUGGAGGUUUUACCCAUCUCCCCUGUUCUUGACCGCAUGAUUAGGCAGCGGGGCAGAGACUUACGCCUGCGGCAGGUUGAACGGCAGCGUGCUGUGAAGCUGGUCAACACUCUGGUAACGAAUUUACAGAAGUUCCUGAAGGACAACGAGGAGCAGCCUUUCUUUAGAGAUAUCUCUGUGCUCACUACAGGCAGCUACUAUGAAUUAGUGAAGAUCAAUAAACCAAAUGAGUUUGACAUCAUGUUGAAACUCAAAACCCCACGCCUUGUGUUGACGGAGCUGAAGGACUACAAUGGGCUUUUCUAUACAGUUUCCCUCACUCGUCGAACACGUUCUGAGAUACGUUCUUUCCUCUUAGAAGAUGAACUCACCAUCUCAUCCACUAAAAUAAUGAAGGAGAUGCACUUUUUGGUCCGCAAGUUUGUCACCACCCGCCAAGGAUUGCUUCAUGAGUCCGCUGGUGAAGGUCACUGGGUGGUGUGUAAGAGGCGGCUAAAUUCGCCAGCUGUGACCCUAGCAUUUGUGAGUGAGGAUGAGGGGGAAGAAAUGCUGUCUGUAGACAUUGUACCCGCCCUAGAGGUGCCACAGGGCUGGCCGCAAGCUGCACGGGCUGGACCUGUCGUGGAUAAAUGGCUUGGGAAAAACGCUCGGCGCAAAUUUGUUAGCCAGCCUGUUUAUUUCGUCCCAAAGAGACCAAAACUGCGAAAUCUCAGUGAUGUUGAAAAAGAGAGCUGGAGAAUAUCGUUCUCUCAUAUUGAAAAAGAAAUUAUGAGAUUCCAUGGCAACAAGAAGACAUGCUGUGAGGGUAGAGCAAAUGAAUGCUGCCGAAAACUGUGUUUGCGGCUUCUCAAGUGUCUGUUUGAGGGCCUGAAGCAGACUUAUCAAGACAAACUCUUAUCUCUUUGCUCCUACCAUGGGAAAACUGUCUUCUUCCACCACCUUUCUGUCAGAUGUGAAGAUUCGCUGUGGACCCCUGGACAGCUGUCUGACUGCUUUAUGAAGCUUUUGGGGGACUUUGAGAAUGCUGUGCAACUCGGCUCACUUCCCCAUUUCUUCGUUCCCGACUUUAAUCUCUUCUCUCCAGCUGUCUUUCCCAAGCGCUCUCGCCUGUUUCUGGUCGAAGUGCUGAGGAAACAGAGGGAAUCUGGUCUUCCUCUUCUUCAGGUGCAAAGACCUCCUCCAGCCCUUUUCUACACUCCUGGCCUUCCACCGCAGAUUGAAGAAAUCUCUGCAGAAGCUGUUACCCCACUAAACCGUGACACUAUGACGUUUCAGAUGAGCUCUUUUACCUACACAUAUGUGACUCUAGCUUGCAUUAUUGUAUUUAUGACCAUUGGGUGUGCACUUUAUGCACUGGUUUAGUAGGGCCAGCAGGCAUGGUGAGGCAGCAUUUAGCUGUAAUGCUGCCCAAACCUAGAACCAGCUGCUCUUUUCCCCAUGCCUUUGGUACUUAAGCACUUUCAAGGCUUUUCACUUCCUUUUAAUUAUUGUUAUUUUUCUUUUUAAGCAAGUGCACUUUGUAUAUGUUUCACUUUAUUUGUCUAUUCUUUUUACUUUACUCUAUGCAUGACUUCUUUUACAUUUUUUUGUGAUCGGCAAUAUGCGAAUAUUUAUCAUUAUCAAUAUAAAUUACAUCACAAUAUGCCACAAUAAGCUUUUGUAAGGAUAUUGUGGAUUUUAUUAGUACUUGCUAACUGCAUGUUUCAUAAAAAAGAGAGUGUAAUUAGUCCUGUUUUAUUGGAUUUAGUAUAACAUGAAAUAUUGAAUAUAUUCAAUAUUGCAAAAAUCAUUCUCUUCAUAAUUUUUGAUAGUAUUUUUUAAACAUAGCACAAUAUAACAGAUUUUAGAAAAAAAUAUAUAUUGUGCCAUAUAAUUUGUCUUGAAAACGUCUUUAAGUAUUAUAAUAUUUUAUUUCUGCCAUAUCGCCCAGCUCUAAUUCCACAGAUUUAUUAAUACCUCAGAGGUUUUGUGUCUUACUUUAAUGUAUAAUCUUGUUCCAGCUGCUAUUCAUCCAGUGAAAGGUAGUAAUUCUAUGCAGUCUUCCUCACUCAGGGUGAAAAUGUCUUGAGUACACCUGUAAUCCUACAUUUAAUCAACUCUGAAUGCUAAAUGCUGGAAUGUUAUCCAAAGAAUUGAAUAAUAUCUAACAGGUGGUGACCAUCCUCGUUUAAGGUGCUGGAAGACUUGCACAAUUCUCUUUAUUUUACUUUUUGUUUGUAUUGUUUCUCUUAUUUUAUUUCAUACUCUUAAGCAUGUUGUCUUUAAUUUACUUCUGAUGUUUCUUUUACUUUUAUUUAUGUAAAGCACUUUGAAUUGUUAUUGUAUAUGAAAUGUUCUAUACAAAUAAACUCACCUUGACUAUAAUACACUCA